AUGUUUCCUUUCAUUGUUCUUUUUCUGUUAUCCUCCUCCCCCUUUUUGCAAUGUCAUCCUUGUCAUCUUUUCACUCUUCUUUCAAGGUUUAUCUUGUCUUCAUCUCCAUCAAUAUUUUUUUUUCUAUGCAAGGUUUCUCUCUCUCUUUUCGACAUUCAGAUUCCUGUUUUCUCAAGUCAUUCAGAGUUCUUAUUUUUUCUGCUUCGAUUCUCUUUUCAUACAAUAUUUCUUUUCGUCUAUAAUCUUAUUCGGUUCGGUGUCUCCCUCCUUUCAAGCCUUGACAUCCGCUUGUUUACCCUUUCCUUCGAAAAGGAAUAUUUCUGCUUGAUUUUCUCCGACCUUUAUUUCAUUCUUUCUUUCUUGCUUAUUCCCACCCAUCAUUUUUUCUUUCUUUCUUUCCCAUGUUAUUUGCGUCCUUUCUUUCUUUCUUUCUUUCUUUCUUUCUUUUUUUUCUUCUUAUUCACACAUCAUUUUUUCUUUCUUUUCUUUUCCCAUGUUAUUUCCGUCUUUCUUUCUUUCUUUCUUUCUUUCUUUUCUUUCUUUCUUUUCAUCAUUCUUUCUUUCUUUUCUUCCCAUGUUAUUUCCGUCCAUUUUUUUUCUUUCUUUUUUCUUUCUUUCUUUCUUAUUUGCGUCCUUUCUUUCUUUCUUUCCCAUGUUUUUUCCUUUCUUUCUUUCUUUCUUUUUUCUUUCUUUCUUUAUUCCACCAUCAUUUUUUCUUUCUUUCUUUCCCAUGUUAUUUGCGUCCUUUCUUUCUUUCUUUCUUUCUUUCUUUCUUUCUUUCUUUCUUUCUUGCUUAUUCCCACCCAUCAUUUUUUCUUUCUUUCUUUCCCAUGUUAUUUGCGUCCUUUCUUUUUUCUUUCUUUUCUUUCUUUCUUUCUUUCUUUCUUUUCUUUCUUGCUUAUUCACCCAUCAUUUUUCUUUCUUUUCUUUCCCAUGUUAUUUGCGUCCUUUCUUUCUUUCUUUCUUUUCUUUCUUUCUUUCUUUCUUUCUUUUUGCUUAUUCCCACCAUCAUUUUUUCUUUCUUUCUUUCCCAUGUUAUUUUGCGUCCUUUUCUUUCUUUCUUUUUUUUUUUCUUUUUCUUUCUUUCUUUCUUAUUCACACAUCAUUCUUUCUUUCUUUCUUUCCCAUGUUAUUUGCGUCCUUUCUUUUCUUUCUUUUCUUUCUUUCUUUCUUUCUUUCUUUCUUUUCUUAUUCCCACAUCAUUCUUUUUUUUUUCUUUCCCAUGUUAUUUGCGUCCUUUCUUUCUUUCUUUCUUUCUUUCUUUCUUUCUUUCUUUCUUUUUUCUUUCUCACACAUCAUUUUUUCUUUUUUCUCUCCUGUGUUAUUUGCAUGUUCUUUCUUUCUUUCUUUCUUUCUUUCUUUCUUUCUUUCUUUCUUAUUCCCACCCAUCAUUUUUUCUUUCUUUCUUUCCCAUGUUAUUUGCGUCCUUUCUUUCUUUCUUUCUUUCUUUCUUUCUUUCUUUCUUUCUUUCUUUCUUUCUUUCUUAUUCCCACACAUCAUUCUUUCUUUCUUUCUUUCCCAUGUUAUUUGCGUCCUUUCUUUCUUUCUUUCUUUCUUUCUUUCUUUCUUUCUUUCUUUCUUAUUCCCACACAUCAUUCUUUCUUUCUUUCUUUCCCAUGUUAUUUGCGUCCUUUCUUUCUUUCUUUCUUUCUUUCUUUCUUUCUUUCUUUCUUUCUUUCUUUCUUAUUCUCACACAUCAUUUUUUCUUUUUUCUCUCCUGUGUUAUUUGCAUGUUCUUUCUUUCUUUCUUUCUUUUUUUCUUUCUUUCUUAUUCCCACCCAUUUUUUUUUUUUUUCUUUCUUUCCCAUGUUAUUUGCAUCCUUUCUUUCUUUCUUUCUUUCUUUCUUUCUUUCUUUCUUUCUUUCUUUCUUUCUUAUUCCAUUCAUUCUUUUCUUUCUUUCCCAUGUUAUUUGCGUCCUUUUUCUUUCUUUCUUUCUUUCUUUUCUUUCUUUCUUUCUUUCUUUCUUUCUUUCUUAUUCCCACAUCAUUCUUUCUUUCUUUCUUUCCCAUGUUAUUUGCGUCCUUUUCUUUCUUUCUUUCUUUCUUUCUUUCUUUCUUUCUUUCUUAUUCCCACAUCAUUCUUUCUUUUCUUUUCUUUUUCCCAUGUUAUUUGCGUCCUUUCUUUCUUUCUUUCUUUCUUUCUUUCUUUCUUUCUUAUUCCCACACAUCAUUCUUUCUUUCUUUCUUUCCCAUGUUAUUUGCGUCCUUUCUUUCUUUCUUUCUUUCUUUCUUUCUUUCUUUCUUUCUUUCUUUCUUUCUUUCUUUCUUUCUUUCUUAUUCCCACAUCAUUCUUUCUUUCUUUCUUUUCCCAUGUUAUUUGCGUCCUUUCUUUCUUUCUUUCUUUCUUUCUUUCUUUCUUUCUUUCUUUCUUUCUUAUUCUCACACAUCAUUUUUUCUUUUUUCUCUCCUGUGUUAUUUGCAUGUUCUUUCUUUCUUUCUUUCUUUCUUUUCUUUCUUUCUUUCUUUCUUUCUUUCUUUCUUAUUCCCACCCAUCAUUUUUUUCUUUUCUUUCUUUCCCAUGUUAUUUGCGUCCUUUCUUUCUUUCUUUCUUUCUUUUCUUUCUUUCUUUCUUUCUUUCUUUCUUAUUCCACACAUCAUUCUUUUCUUUCUUUCUUUCCCAUGUUAUUUGCGUCCUUUCUUUCUUUUCUUUCUUUCUUUUUUCUUUCUUUCUUUCUUUCUUUCUUAUUCCCACAUCAUCAUUCUUUCUUUCUUUCUUUUCCCAUGUUAUUUGCGUCCUUUCUUUCUUUCUUUCUUUCUUUCUUUCUUUCUUUUCUUUCUUAUUCUCACACAUCAUUUUUUCUUUUUUCUCUCCUGUGUUAUUUGCAUGUUCUUUCUUUCUUUCUUUCUUUCUUUCUUAUUCCCACCCAUCAUUUUUUCUUUCUUUCUUUCCCAUGUUAUUUGCAUCCUUUCUUUCUUUCUUUCUUUCUUAUUCCCACACAUCAUUCUUUCUUUCUUUCCCAUGUUAUUUGCGUCCUUUCUUUCUUUCUUUCUUUCUUUUCUUUCUUUCUUUUCUUUCUUUCUUUCUUAUUCCCACAUCAUUCUUUCUUUCUUUCUUUCCCAUGUUAUUUUGCGUCCUUUCUUUUUUCUUUUCUUUCUUUUUCUUUCUUUCUUUCUUUCUUUCUUUCUUAUUCCACACAUCAUUCUUUCUUUCUUUCUUUCCCAUGUUAUUUGCGUCCUUUCUUUCUUUUUUCUUUCUUUCUUUUUUCUUUCUUUCUUAUUCCACAUCAUUCUUUCUUUCUUUUCUUUCCCAUGUUAUUUGCGUCCUUUCUUUCUUUCUUUCUUUCUUUCUUUCUUUCUUUCUUUCUUUCUUUCUCGCUUUCUUUCUUUCAUACAUUAUUGUUACUCCAUUCCUCUUCUUUCGAUCCUAGUCCCACCUUUAUUUCCCGCCUUCAUUCUCCCUCUUUCAUAAGCCCCCUUCUUUCCUUUUCCAUUCUUAUUCAUACAUUGGAUUUGCCGUGUGGUGAGAAUGUUACAAACGAAAGAGCUUGUUUCUUUUUCUCUUCUUUGUCCCAUUUUCGUCCCUUGUCGUCAUCCACUUCACACUCACAUCUUCACCCAGGCGUUUAUGACAUUCUCUCUCACACCCCACAAGCCCUGCCGCCGUUUGCCCAACACUUCACCAACCCCACCUUUUCUCCGAUGUCUUCUUGGUUUCACUUUUCUCUUGUAAUUUCUAGUACACGGUUGGCAAACCGCUAA